GUGCUGGCUGGCGCACGAUGGGACAGGUGGGGUGGCUGACGGGACGGGACGGGACAGGAGCAGGGGAGUGGGGUGUGUGCAUGGGAAUCCGUGCAGCGCCAUGUCCGCCUUCACCCUGGAGGAAACGCUGGAGGCUGACUGGGUGGCCGUGAGGCCUCAGUCCUUCCAGGAGCGGGAGAAGCACAAAUUCGUCUUCACCAUGGCCUGGAAAAAGAUCGAGGGCAAGUUCGCCAUAACCUGCCGCAACUGCACAGCGCAGCACCAGCGCAGUGGCUCCCGCGAGCUCUACCACUGCGACCCCAAGGCCAGAACCUCCCCCAAGGCCAGCAUCCCCAUGGUGAACAGGGACCUGGCCUGGGGUACGGGCUCCAGUCUGGCACCGGCCGAGGCGCUGCCGAAGAGCCCACUGCGCACCAAGAGUAGCCUGUCCCAGAGUCCGCUGCGGGGCCCAGAGGCAGAAUGUGUCACUGAAGAGAUAGAAGCACUGGAGCUGGGGAAGGAGGAGGCCGUCUCCCUGUUGCUGCCACCCUCACCACUGCAGGCAGCCGAGUUGGCUGCUCCCGACAUGGAGCCCGUGGGGGAGGAGUGCACUUGGGCAGGCCUCUUCUCCUUCCAAGACUUGCGGGCUGUGCACUAUCAGCUGUGUUCGGUGAACUUGGACCUGGAACCCUACCUGCCUGCUUUCCCUGAGGAGCCCUCGGGCGUGUGGGCAGUGUUGUUCAGAGGUCCGGAGCUAUCCGAGCAGGAGAUGGACGCUCUCUGCUACAAACUAAAAGUUUACUUGCUCCAUAGCUUGGAUACCUGUGGCUGGAAGAUUCUUUCACAGGUGCUCUUCACUGAGACUGACGACCCCAAAGAGUAUUAUGAGAGCCUGAGUGAGCUGCGACAAAAGGGGUACGAGGAGGUGCUGCAGCGGUCCCGCAGGCAGAUCCGGGAGCUUCUGGAAAGACAUAAGAACAUGGAAAGCAUGGUAGAGCUGCUUGAACUAUAUCAAAUGGAAGAUGAAGCAUACAGUAGUCUUGCAGAAGCUACCAUGGAGCUCUGCCAGUACUUGCUGCAGCCAUUCCAAGAUAUGAGGGAACUCACGAUGCUUAGAAGACAGCAGAUAAAGAUCUCAGUAGAUAAUGACUACCUAGGCCCCAGAAGAACUGAGAAUCUGCAAAAAGAAUAUGCUGAUUGGCAGAGAAAAGCCCACAUGGCUGUGCUUUCUAUUCAAGAUCUUACAGUUAAAUACUUUGAAAUAACAGCUAAAGCACAGAAAGCUGUGUAUGAUCAAAUGCGAACAGACCAGAAAAAAUUUGGUAAGGCAGCAUGGGCAGCAGUAGAACAUAUGGAAAAGCUUCAGUAUGCAGUUUCUAAGGAGACUUUGCAGUUGAUGUGUGUUAGAGAAAUCUGUUUGGAGCAGAAGAAACAUACACUGAAGGAGGAAAUGCAGAAUCUGAAAGGUGGUACAGAAGCCAUAGCCUAUUUGAACCAGUUAGAAGCUGAUUAUUAUGAUCUACAGCUUCAGUUAUAUUAAGAACAGUUCUAGAUCUUGAAAUAUGAAGAGCUGCUGCUGACAGUACAACUCAAAAGCAUCAGAAGACUGAUGUCAGGAGCAGACAAAAGACCUCCGGCCAUGAUAGCGGAUAAGCGGUACCCUGGGCAAGUAAUACUUAAAUCAACCAGACUACGACUGGCUCAUGCAAGAAGAAAAUGUGCAUCCAGCUCAGUGUCCUGUGUAGAUCAGCCUCAGUCUUUGCCAGCAACCAUACACACCCAAGAAAAAAGUGAAAAGGUGGAAUUGGAAAAUGCAGUUCAGCCCUUGCAAGUGCAGGAAUCCACAAGCUUAGAACAACUUCAAGAUAUCUCAUUACCUCCUAAUGGUGUUACCUCUGAACUGCCUCAUGUUAGUACUUCUCCACUCACCAGUAAUGAGCUUCGACCAGAGACUGUUACUGUAGUACCACUUCCACCCCAUUUGGCUCCACCACCUCCACCUCUGCUUCUACCUUUGCCCUCCAAGGAAGAUGAUACCAAAUCCUUAGAGAAAAGUGACAGCUUUGUUAAACAUCAGAGUGAGGAGAAAGGAGUCCAGCACUCUUCCAGUGUCCCAAAAGUACAUCUGUUUAACAGCAGUCAGCUAGUCAGUGCCAAGAAAAAGCUUAAGAAGACCAGUGAUCAAGAGGGUUUACAUAGGAGGAGAGGUAAUGUUUUAAUUUCUGUGUAUUUAAUUGAAAUGCACAUCAAUUUCUAUUUUGAAUUGCUAUAUAUAGAAGUUGUAAAAAUCCGUGCUUUGGGAUUUGAUGAACUCUUUGAAAGCAUUUUCUGCAUCCUGCUGGUUGUGGAAGCGUUUUCCAUGCAAAAGGUUGUUGAGAUGCUUGAAGAAGUGGUAGUCAGUUGGCAAGAGGUUAGAUCUCCAGUCCCCGUCGUCCAUUGCAGGAGCAGACAAAAGAUCUCCAGCCACGAGCGGAUAAGAUUUAAAAGAUGCCUUUUUGCCUCUCUCUCUGUGAAGCCAGACAAACAAUAUUUAUGUAAAACCCAGCUCACAUGGACGGCGUUGCCACAAGGAUUUAAAACCAGCCUGACAAUAUUUGGAAAUCAGCUCUCUAAAGAUCUUGAAUCUUGGGAAGCCCCAUCUCAUGAAGGACAGAUGCAACAAUAUGUGGAUGAUCACUACCAGGACACAGAAGACGUGCAUAACCUGAACUCUGAAGGUAAAACUGUGAACUUUUAUACGGACUCUAAGUAUGCUUUCGGGGUCGUGCAUGCGCACGGAACAAUUUGGGAAGAAAAAGGUCUCUUGAACUCCCAAGGAAAACAUAUCAAACAUGCAGAAGAAAUAUUGGCAGCUCAACUUCCUAAGAAGGUGGCAAUCAUGCAUAUCAAGGCGCACCAGAAAGUGAGCUCGGAAUUGGAAAAAGGAAAUGAGCUGGUGGACAGAGAGGCAAAACUGGUGCCUAAGCAAAAGGUGAAAGUGGAAAGUGCCCUAGUCCCUGACGGGCAGGUUAUUUUAGAAGCCCGGGCGGCACUUACUACCUCAUCAAAAAGAAACCUGAAAGAGAAGACAAAUCCUACAACUGCAGUGAGCGGGGCCACCGUGCCAAAGAAUGCAAGCUCCCAUCGCAGCCCAGAAGAUGCCAUGCACUAA